AUGCAAUGCGACACACCCGAUGUCAUGUCCUUAGGGAGGAACUUUCUUUUUUGCUUUCUAUCUAGGUCGGUUCGUAUCUAUCUAUCUAUCUAUCUAUCUAUCUAUCUAUCUAUGUUUGUACGUAUCUAUGCAUGUAUCUAUAUAAUUAUCUAUAUCUUUUCGUAUCUAUCUAUUCAUAUCUAUAUAUCUAUAUCUAUCGAUCUAUCUGUCUAUCGAAGAAAGUCUAUUCGUAUCUAUCUAUCUAUCUAUCUAUCUAUCUAUCUAUCUAUCUAUCUAAUCUACGAAUAUUAUCUUUCCGCCUUUAUUACUUUCUUAACCUGCAAUCAUUUCCCUUCUCUUCUCUCUUUUUACUUCUUACUUUCCUUCUCUUUUUUUUUUCUUUUCACUAACUUUAUCUCUUUCUCUCUCACACACACCAUUUCUCUCUUUUUUGAUUUCCCUCUCUCUCUAUCUUCAUCUAGCUCGAUCUCUACCUUCCGCUCUGGUUUCUUUUCUCACUUGCUUUCCCUAUCAAUUUCUCCUUCUUACCCCUCUUGUCUCUGUCUAUGUCUAUCUCUCCUUCCCUUCUUUUCCUUAUAUUCUUUUGAACACCCGCACCACUUUCUCACCUGCUUCCGUCAUUCUGUGUCUCUUUUCUAUUCCACACUCUCUCUCUCUCUCUCUCUCUCUCUCUCUCUCUCUCUCUCUCUCUCUCUCUCUCGUUUUCUUGCUGGUUUCUCUUUCUUAGUUACUUCCCUAUCACUUUCUCCAUCUUUCCCCUCUUCUCUAUUUCCAUCUUUCAUUUACCUUGUUUUUUUUUCUCACUCUCACGUCUUUCUCACCUUCUCACUCCUUCUCUCUUUCUCUCUCUUUCUCUCUCUUUAUCGGGCUCGAUCUCUGACUUACUCACUAGUUUCUCUUUGUCACUUACUUUCCCUAUCUCUUUCUCCUAUGUCUCCAUCUCUCCUCCUCUCCUUAUUCUCUGUUUCUUACUCUAGCCUCUUUCUCACCUUCCCUAUCCUUCCUUCUGUCGCUCUCUUUCACUGCCGUUUUCUGCUUUAA